UAUCCUCUGAUGUUCCAAAGUAGCAUGGAAGAUUCCUAUGUAUGUGGCCUAAUGGAACACGAAACGAAUCCUCCUGCCAACUACCUGCAAAUCUUUCCAGUUUCCAAACUCGUUCCGUUCGUUUAAGGGAUUCUUCUCCCUCUCCUCUUCCUAUAAGAUAACAGAUUCUCACCGGCAGACCCCAACAGUCAACCCUUGUCAUCAUCAUCUUCUUCUUCGUCGUUCCCUUGUUCUUUUGUAUUUGAUUUUUUUUUUUUUUUUUUUUUGUUUGGGGGUUUUUGUGAAGGCUGUUGAUUCCAAUAUUUGAUGGAAUUGAGAACUUAAAAGAAUUUGUAAGAUACAUAGGGAAUGAUCAUACCUGUAAAGAAGAAAAUCUCAAUCGAUAGGUGGUUUUAGAGGGGUGGAAGCAUUGGGGUUGCAGAGGUUUCGCCGGCCGUUGAUGAUGGGUUCGUUGAGAAAUAGUUGAUUUGGAUCUCAGAUUCGCUGUCGUCGGAAGAAUGUGUGAUAUGGGUUUUGUAAGAAGAUCGAAACUUUUGUGUACCUUGGAGUUGCAGAGAUUUCAUUGGCCUUGAGAUAAUCUUUUCCUCUUGAUGGGUCGGUGGAGAAUUUUUACUAUUGGGAAUUUGGGCUUCCGGAGACGGUGAAAGGCGAUUUGUUGGGUAUUGGGAAUUCGUUUUUUCUUUCAGAGAGAUUCUUUUUCCUUUUUUUUUUGGUAGAUUAUACUGUUUGGUCUUUUAUUCUGAGAGCUUAGCUGGCUUUUGUUGGCGAUUCUUUUACUAGGGUUUAGAAUCUUAGAUGUAGAGGAUAAGGUUGAGAUUGGGAAUAUUGAUGGAGAUUUAGUGGUGAGAAUUUGAAAUUCUAACGUAAUCACAAAUAUACUUGGUGGUUUUUUGGUUGGUGACGGAUUACAUCAUUCGUGUUCUUUGUGUAGUUCUAUUCCAUUGUUUGUGAAAAUGUCGGGUGGGACACCAGUUGCUGGUGGAUUAAUGAGACAGAGACACAGUCAGGGAUAUGCCUCUAGUGGAGAUGACCUAGAGGACGAUGCCUGCUCAAGAUUUCAGCAGACGUCUCCUCAAAUCCCUAAAGCCAGGACAUGGACUGAGGUUGUGGAGAAUAUUCUUUGGAUUGCCUCUGCUGCAUUCAUUAUCUACUUUGGUGAUCGACAUUCUAAUCUCAUAUAUCUUCUAUGGCGGGAUGAUAGGAUUAGGAGGUGGCCUUUAUAUCUUGGACUGGCGAGUAAUUUUUUGAACAUUGGGAUCAUAUUUUAUACAAGUCUUCUGGGAUGGGGUUUCAGGAAAUCUGAAGAGAAAUUGGAAAUGUUGACUCCAUCUGCUGCGCCUGUUGUGGCUGUACUUGGCCUUCUCUCCUAUUGCUUGUGGUGCUUUGCUUUGUGGCCAAUUUGGAGUUUUCUGACCCUCCCUCUUCUGUUCUCAUUGUUUAUGGCUUGCAUGGUUAUAUCUCCAUAUUUGAUGAUUGGAAGAUUGAGGCCUCAAGUGGAUACACUUCGUACAGAUUAAGCUUUUCUCAAUGUUGAAAUCGUAGAGCUGUGAUGGCAUGAAGUUGAGUAGAGAAUUUUCUCUUGAAAAGCAGAUGGGUGGUGGCGUCAGUCGCAGGACUAAUGAAUUCUUAAUGUUCUGGUGAUUGCCUUUCUCUGAUGAUGAUGAAGAUGCCAAUGAAGUCAAUUAUACUACACAUAGUAGAUUUGUAUCAUGACAUGUUAAACAAACAGAUGCCAACGAGGUUUGCUUCUGAAUAGGCUUUGAAAGGUAGAUCCUCAGUGUUUCAUUACUUCUUCAGGCAGAACUGAAAAUUACCAAAGAAGUGAAACAUGUUUUGUAUUUUGGCAGUGGGAAUGCAUGCUGAGGUUUUUUAGUGUAUUGUUUUGUACACAGUCCAUCCUCAUCAGAUGUGGUAGCCCGUCCUUUGGUCUUUGAACAAUUUUGGAGAUUCAUAUCAUGGACUUCUGAGUUGUAUUCUUUGUCUACUUAGUUGAAAUUGUUGAUUUUUAUGACC